AUGUGCUCCGUGUACAAGCUGGGGUAUGAUUCCAUAGCCCGUCACAAGGCUGAAGUCUCUGAUACCUUUCUACAAUCACCUUUAACUACCGAGCUAAUGGGAUAUAUGUCGUUGCCUGCAGAAAUCCGACCCUCUUCUGCAAAAUUGACCACAACGAAACAGGGCUGGCCCCAACCCUCAUCACCAGACACAAACAGCGAGUCUGACAUGGAAUUAGCUCCAUCCCCUACACCUCCGAACCGGCCUCGAAGGAGGCCGCAUGUCAAGGCUAAUCAAGACGCGAACAUUGCCCAAGGGAAUCCUUCCACAACUCGCGAAUCCUCCAAUGGCCGCCCGGCCUCAAAGCCUCGCGCCAUUCCAGCAUCAUCUGAUACACGAUCAGAGUCUAUUUCCGAAGAACCCGCUUCUUCAAACUCUACUAUGCCGACAGGACCUAGCACGUGUCCAGAAACUCCUGGCUUCCAGUCCAACGACAACGAGCAACGCUCUUCUCCGCGACCCACACUAUCAGAGACACCGCGCGGCACGCACGACAUGUUGCGUGAAAUACUCCGAACAGCACUUAGCCCCCGGGACAAGAAAGGCGUCAUAUACAUUGUCCGCGAUCCACAGAACCCAUCGGCAGGCUACAAGAUCGGCAAGACAACACGCUGCGUCAUGCACCGAAUCAAGGAGCACCAAGAAUGCUGCAACUUCACCCCGGACGUCAUCCACGUCUCCACAACCGACAUUUUUCGCACCACGGGCGCCUGGAAAGGCUCAUCAAGCAGGACCUGGCACACGCGCGCAAGCCGCGGGCAAGGCCAUCGAGAAUGGUUCGUCGUCAGCCGAGAAACGGCGCUGGCCACCGUACAGCAGUGGGAGCGCUUCAUGCAGCACGAGACGCCGUACAGCUGGACGGGCAACCUGAGUAUCGUGUGGAGCUAUGUGUUGGAGCAGCGAUCGCCGCAUCCCCACUCCCUCGCUACACAGCACUUGUCGCAUCAGUGUCGACGCGAGCACUGGGCGGCUAUCCUUGCGCCGCCUACCUUCGGCGAGUGGUGGAAUGCGUACUGGGCAUAUGCCAGCAUGCUACUAAGAGUUACCCGCAAUUGCGCAGCAAAGAUUUGUGCAUAUUGUCGUGGUGCUGUAUGGUCUGUACACGCUGUUUCUGUGCCAGACGCGAGGAGCGCUCGCGGUGUUUAUCCUUGUCCUGGGAUGUGCAUCUGUGACGGUUCUGGUGAGAGUGCCGCCGCAUGA